UGCAUGGGUUUAGAUUGCUAGCAAACAUAAUAUUUUAGUUACCAUAAUAUUAUAUUUAUACAGAUAAAUGGAUUCAUCUAUAGAUCACUCUCAAAAUACAGAUGAUUAUGAUUUUGAUCUGAUUAUGGCUGCCAGGGAUCGCGAACAACACGACCUGAGCGUGCGCAACAGGGCUUACCUCCAGGCGAUAAGUGAACUAGCAGGUGAAUUAUACUUAAAUACUUACACCAUAGCGUUUCAAGAGGAAAUGAGAAAGAAAAGGGAAGCGUGGUGUGUUUGUGCUUCCGCUUUAAGGGAGUAAACUAAACUUCAUUGUAAAAGCAUAACAAGGAAGCAGAAGAUAGA